AUGCUUGCUUCAAGUAGUUUGUUUGGUAAUCAACCAUCUGGAGGUGGUUUAUUCGGUGGAUCGACAGCUGCACCAUCAACAGGUGGAGGUCUAUUCGGUGGUGGAGCUGCAGCACCGUCAACAGGUGGAGGUCUAUUCGGUGGUGGAUCAGCAGCUCCAUCGACAGGUGGAGGGUUGUUCGGAGGAUCAACGGCAGCACCAUCAACAGGUGGAGGUUUGUUCGGUGGUGGAUCAGCAGCACCAUCAACAGGUGGUGGAUUGUUCGGAGGAUCAACAGCAGCUCCAUCAACAGGUGGAGGGUUGUUUGGUGGAUCAACAGCAGCACCAUCAACGGGUGGAGGUCUAUUUGGUGGAUUGUCAUCAACACCUUCAACUAGUAUGGCUAGUGGAGGUUUAUUUUCAACAGCACCAUCAACAGGUGGAGGUUUAUUCGGUGCACCAGCACCAUCAACAGGUGGAGGCUUAUUCGGUGCAGCAGCUCCAUCAACUAGUGGAGGUCUAUUUGCUACAUCAUCACCAGCAGGUGGAAUGUUUGGAUCAGUUGCACCAGCAUCGGGAGGAGGAAUGUUUGGAUCAAUGAUGUAUGGACAACAACCACAACAACAACAACUACAAAUGGUCCCAGCAGCUCCAUUAUAUACAGAGAAUUCAAAGUUUGGAGAACUAUCACAAGCUUUAAAACAAGAAUGUACAAAAUUACAAAAAAUGAUAGUAGACAACAAUAUUAAAAUGAAAUCAUUCUCUGAUUAUGAUGACAAGUUGGACAAGUUACCUUCAUUAAUUAAUCAAAUUCAAUCUAAAGUUGAUAGUUUAAAUAACAACUUUAACAAUUAUAUACAAUCAUUUGAAAAUUUAAAUACCGAGAUUUACAAACCGAUCAAUUCGGUAAGCGAACAAUACCAUCAAUUAUCGAUUGGAUUUAUAUCACCCUAUUCUGUAUCUCUACCAUCUCUCGAAAUGGAGGAAAUAGUGAAUCAUUUCACCACUCGAAUCGAAAGAUUGUAUCAAACUAUACAUUCCCUAACUCCAACUUCGAGAAAAUAUAUUGCAAACUUGAAUCCACAAGAAGCAUUUUUAACAAGUUUACAAACCAAUCAAAACACAUUAAAGAAUGAAGCCAUUAUUUUGGAACAAUUAUCAAGUGAUUUAGAAAAGAUGAAAAAGGAUUAUAUGAAUUUCAAGAGAACCUAUUACAAUGAUAAUUAUAAUCCAUUCCCAAAGAGAAAGGUUCAUCAUCAUCACCACCAUCAUCAUCAUCAUAAUCAACAAAACCAAUUAUUAUCGUCAUCUAUUUAUACUCCAGAUGCAUCUCAAUACAACUUUAAAUCAAAUUACUCUGUUUUUGGGUCAUCUGUUAAUCAUCCAACACCACAAAGCAACGUUGCAACAUCACAAAACGCAACACCUACCACGACCUCACCCUUUUCAUUAAACUCUGGAUCUGUUUCAGCACCAUUGUUUGGAGCUACAACCACGACUACACCUCUAGUUGCACCAACAACUGGUUCUCUAUUUGGAGGAUCGCAAGCUGGUAAUUCUGCCGGCUCGCUAUUUGGAGGAUCACAAGCUGGUAGCUCUGCCGGCUCACUUGGAUCUGCAUCAUCAUUGGGAAGCUUGUCUUCGUAUGGAUCACAAACACCAUCAUUACGUUCAUCAAUGACACUUCCUCCACAAACUCCAUCGCUGUCUGGAUUUGGAGGUUCCAUUAGUGCCAGUACCAAUGGCUUUUCAAUUAGUGACGCUGCCAGAUUAGGUUCAUCCUCUUCAGGUUCAACCACUAAAAAGAAAACUAAAAAAGAAAUUGCUGCAAGCAGAGGUUUAAUUAAUUAA